AUGUCGUUGGAUGCGAGCAGUCGACGUCUGAUGAAGGAGCUGCAACAACUCUCAACGGAACCGCCGACGGGUAUUGUGGUGAAUAAGGACGCGGCUAGCGCUGACCUCAAACAAUGGCGUGUGGACGUGAUAGGUGCUACGGGUACUUUGUACGAAGGCGAAAAAUUCUCCCUUCAAUUCCGAUUUACACAGCAGUAUCCGUUUAACUCGCCAGAGGUUAUGUUCGUCGGUGAGAACAUACCCGUACAUCCGCAUGUCUAUUCUAACGGCCACAUCUGUCUAUCGAUUUUAUCAGAAGAUUGGACGCCAGCUUUAAGUGUGCAAGCAGUCUGCCUAUCUAUUCUUUCCAUGCUGUCAUCUGCAAGAGAAAAGAAGCGACCACCAGAUAAUGCUUUGUAUGUUCGGACGUGCAACAAAAAUCCGAGCAAAACGCGGUGGUGGUUCCAUGAUGAUACUGUUUAA